GCACAUGACUACAUUGGAAUUGGGCGAACAAACGUAAACAUUCAGACGAAAUCAAAUCUGUGAGAUUGAAUUAGCUACUGUACGACUGUUUUGAGAUUUUACAUUAAUUUCAAUGUGACAUUUCUGGAAAUAAUACUGUAGAUACAAAAUUUCUGAGGGAUAUUCACAAGAAAUGCACGACAAGGAACGAUAUUAUCACGGUGAUUCCAGCGAACAGCAAAAGAUGCUGACGGACGGGGCAAGCAACGAGAGCCUGUUGAGUGAGGAUCUGGUCGACGAGGAAGGGGAGGAUGACGAUGAGUUUGAUGAAAAUGAAGUGGAGACAGAGAGGGAAGAUGAACUCGAAGAAACGAUGAGUAAAUGGACAAAUUACAUUCAUGGCUGGCAGGAUAGAUGGGUUGUGUUGAAAAAUGGAACAUUAUCAUAUUUCAAGUCGAGGCACGAGAUGCAGUCCGGAUGCAGAGGAUCAAUGAGUUUGGCAAGAGCAGUUAUCGAGGUUCAUGAGUUUGAUCACCUGAGGUUUGAUGUAAGCAUCAACGACAGUGUGUGGUACCUGAGGGUGAAGUCAAGAGACUCCAGACAUAGAUGGAUCGAGUGCUUAGAAUCCCAGAAGGCUAUGGCUGAAGCAGAGAGUACGAGUCUCCAGAGACAUGGCUCAAUGGUCUCUUUACACUCAGGAGCCAGUCUUACAUCAUCAUCAUCAUUCAAGAAGGGGAGAGGGUUAACGGAGAAGCUUGCUGAGAUGGAGACAUUCCGAGACAUCCUUUGCCGUCAGAUUGAUACCAUGCAGAGCUUCUUUGACACUUGUGCGGAAGCUGUCCCAAAAAAGUGGCUGGAAGAAGCAUAUGGUGAUUAUUCUGGUGAUGAUGAUGACAAUGACAUUCUGACCCCCAGAGCGAAUCACCAUCAUCAUCAUCAUGCUCACACAGAGAAUGGACCAACAAAUCCAAAGGACAAAGGAGACAAGGCUUCCUUUGUCCCACAGUACAUGGGCGUAGACUUCAGAGGAGAGGCGGUCACAUUCAAGGCGACGACGCAAGGUGUCUUGACGACUCUCUCUCACUGUAUUGACCUUAUGAAGCAGAGGGAGGAGCAAUGGCAGAAACGAUUAGAAAAGGAGCAAGACAGGAGAAAGAGAGCUGUAGAGGCAUACAAGCAGGUCCUUGCAGAACGCAAACACCAAGCCAGGAUAGGAGGCCCUGAUUAUGAGGAAGGGCCUCACAGUAUCAUGAAAGAAGAGGAGUUCUUUGAUGCCAUAGAAGCUGCCUUAGACAUCCAUGAUGAACAGGACUCAGAGAGAAAUACAGUGAGAGAUAAUCCAGAUACGUUGUAUGCCAGGACGAUAUGUGCAGACAGGCCUCCAGCAGAACACAAACUAUCACAGCAGUGCAAUGAGAAGGUGGAAGAGAACAUAAAGUACGCGUUUUCAAAAAUUGAGAGUACAUGGGAUCUGAUACACCAAGAGGGCGAGAUGAAGGUGAGUGGUUUGAUCGUUCAUUUCAUUUCCUUUUGGGGAAAUAUUUUGAUUUGAUGAGCAUUUGGAAAGGGCUCAGGAUCUGGAAGUGGUUUGGGCGAGAGGAAGAGGGAGAAUUCAUUCAAGGAUGUGGUGAAUGGUGUGCACUUGUUCUAAAGGACAUUGAUUGAAUUUUUUUUUUAAUUGAAUUUAUUUUAUUUUCAUACUUCACAAGAUAGCAAAAUAAUAACAUAAUACAAUUGAGAAAUACAUUUGAUUACAUACAAAAUACAAAAUAUAACAUGUAUAAUGGCAGUAAAUAAAGUGAAAUAUGAAGGAACCUGCAUAAAAAGCAGAGCUUGUAAUGUCUGCAGGUUCCUUAAAGUAAUUAUGAAAUUAGUAAUCAAGGAGAUCGGACAAAAAAAAAAAAUCAGACUACAAAGGAAAAGCCACAGAUUAGCGGAAAAUCGCGGGGUAAAGAAUGAGAGGGAAAGUGGACAAAUGUGAAAUAGAAGGGGGGGGGGGAUGAGCGAAGAAUGAAAAAAUUUAAAUUAGGCAGUAUACCUUUAAAAAGGUACAAAUCAAAUACAUUAUAUAUAUUCAGCCAGUGCGUCUUAACGGGGUCCAUAACUGGACAAAAGAAAUGAUUUCAGUUUACAUUUAAACAUACUCAAGGAUAAACAGCUAGAUAUUUCGUUUGGAAGAUGAUUCCAAAACCUUGGUCCUUCAAAUACAAUUGUUCUUUGAGCAAAUAACGUUCGAGUACGUGGAAGGUGAAAUGAGUCCCUUUGGCGGGUUGGAUAAGAAUGGAUGAGGUCGUUUCUUUGAAACAAGGAAGAGAAAAUUUCCGGUAGAUCAUCUUUUGAGAGUUGAAACAUGAAUGUACCCAAAUGAAAUUCGUAAAGAUCAUGAAUUUUCAGGAUUUUAUUUUUUAUAAAUAAUGGAUUUGUGUGUGCAUAAAAAUCAGAUUGGUUUAUCAACCUAAUAGCCCGCUUUUUUAAUUUAAAUAACAUUUCUAAUACCGUCUUGUUUGUAUUACCCCAAGCUAAUAUACCAUAAUUUAGUCGUGAUGAAAUGAGAGUCAUAUAUAAGUUUAAUAGUAUAUAAUCAGGAAAAAAGAAUUUUAGCUUGCUUAAAAUACCGAUACUUCUAGAAGUCAAUUUACACAAGUAAUUAAUGUGACACUUCCAAGACAAAUCAUGAUCGAUAUAGAGCCCAAGAAAUUUGGUGGAUUCAACCUGUAAUAAAUUUACAUUAUCCAUGACUACUUGACCAGGUAAACUUUUAAGAGAAUUAUAAAUAUAAAUCAUAAAAUUGGUUUUCUUAGCAUUAAGUGACAACUUGUUAGCUCUUAUCCAAGACUGAACUGAUUGAAGUUCUGUAUUUAAAAUAUUAAGUAGUGUAUGUGGGUCACGGUGAGACAGAAAAAGAUUAGAAUCAUCAGCAAACAAAAUAAAUGACAAAAUAUUGGAAGAUUUUUAAAAUCAUUAAUGU